AUGCAACACGUCCAAGCGCUCGUGGAUCAAUUCAAAAAAGCUUCCGAAGAGUACAAUCAUGGACUCGUGGCUUAUCAAGCCAAUAAUUUUGAGAAGGCAGUCACGAGUUUGGAGCAAGCCAAAACACUCUUUCAGAAUGUUCUCAAUACUCCCAUUCCCGAGAAGUAUGCCGAUAAAUUUAAAGUCGCUUCGGAUCAUCUCGUUAAAACGUUUGAAUUAUUACUGAGAGCACAAUAUAAACUUCCCGAUGCUCAAUUUGUAGAAAUUCAAAAGGGUUUCAUCAAACUCAUACGACAACAUGUCUCAAGUGGAGCCUUCAAUGAGCAGAAAUUACAAUUUUUAUUUCAGAGUUACAUCAGCUGUAAAUUGAAAGCACACAAAUCUCCACAACAACAACAACCAAUAUAUACCAUUUUGGAAGCCAUUGAUUCAUCAUUUGAAAAUAGGCAUUUGGCCUUUCUGAGGAUGGAAUUACAGGCCAUUGAAGAAUUAAAUUGUCAAGAUGUACUCUUUAAAGAGAAUAUUUUAGUAUUGCAACGAUUAUGUGAAGUUUUAGAAAAGAAGGAACCAAACUCUAGCGAUAUUUACCUCUACAAAACCAAAAGAAUUCUUGCUUACUUACAUUCGUACUCGGGAUCUCAGCCGGUUUCAGAUUCUCAAAUUACUAAGGAAUUGGAGGAGGUCAUCUCUCUUCUUUCCAAACAACAGACAAUUUCGUCAGCACUCGAUUCUCCUCUCGUUUCAUCCAUCAUUCCUUUUGUGAUCCAUCUAGUGACAACAUUUGUAUCAUGUAUGCGAUUUCUAGAAAAGCAAUCAUCCAACAUUGACGAGCUUCUCUCUGUGAAUGCUAGUAAUGACACACUCUCGAUGAAAAAUAAGGAUGUUUUUAGCAAAAUUUUGAAAGGCGUCUUCUCAGGGAAUCUUGAGAGUAUGAGCUCCAUGCUCAACUCACUAACAGUUAAUCUUUCUUUUGCUGAUUUGAUUUCAGUCUUCAACAAGAGAGAUGUUUUGUACAUAACCUAUUUAUUGAUUUCCAUGAUACGUUUCUGCACGCUCUAUGGAUUUGACGAAACAGUUCUGCAGAUUAGAAAAUUAUUUAUGAAACCACUUCCAUCAAAUGCAGAUGCAGACAUUGUCAAGCAAUGCAACAAUAUUAUUAACAUUUUGAAUGAUCAUGCACUCCAUAUGAAUGACCAACAAUCCAUAGUGAAAGAUAAGCUCGAUGCUUUUCAAGAUUUUGAUUUCAAACGACGUUUCAACUGUAAAUAUAACGACUGCUAUGUACAGCUUGCGAACGAAAUUUCAGACAAAAUGUCACAACAUUCUCAAGAAGAUAUUAACUCUCUCUCAAAAUUUCAUUAUACUCACUGUAAAGUAGCCAUGAAAUAUGAUAUCCAAAUAGCAUAUCAAAGUCUUAUCAAAAGCAUGAGAUAUCGAGGAAUUCUGGAAAAAGAAAAGAGAGCAGAAACAAAGUUAAUCGAUUUCAUCACCAAAAAGUCCACAAAGAGUGAGUUGAAAGCGUCGUUUUCCUUGGCUCAACAUUUUGAACACACAUACCAUACCUUGCUACAUUACCAGCAAAUGAUUCGAAUUCAUGAAAUUCGUGGCAAUUUCUCAACCUGUGAGACAUGUAUCAGACAAGCGUUGAGGUUCUCUAUUUAUGUGAAAUGUCUCAGUUUUACUCUUUCAUUUUUGUAUCAUUUAGCUCGCCUUAAAUUGAAUAGACAUGAUUUUGAUGAUGUGGAAACACUGGUAGCGAUUGUGAAGUCUCUCAUCGUUUCAGACCCAAAGCAAUCAAAGAAUGCAAUAAUUAACAAGUUUGCCAAAGAGUUUGUACUCUUGGAGAGUACCAUGCUCAUCAUGCAAAAUAAGGAUGAGGAAGCUGAAUCCCUGCUCAACCAUUCUGAAAAUUUGAAGAACGACAUUGGCCUCGAAUUACAAAAGGUCAUUCUCCUUUUGAAACGAAAUGAUGAAGAAGGAGCCAAAGAAAUACUGCAAAAACUUUCGAAGGUUGUAGAAACAGAUCAAACACGAGAAGAAACAUUGUGGGUGAAAUAUUAUUGCAAUGCACUCAAUAAUAACCAGAGUUUGAAUUACGAAUUUAGAUCGACCUUUGGUUUGGCGUGGAAUGAUGUGCCAAUACCUCUCAAGAAGAGAAUUCUUUCACACAUGAGGUCUGAUCAUUUACGAAAUGUCAAAGAAGAAAGAGAAUUUGCAUUCUUUUCUUCCAUGUCGAUGGGUAUUCGGUUGAAACACACAUUACAAGAUUUACUCGAUUUCUUUAACACUCCUAACAAUGCAACGUCACCUACCAGUUCUGGAAGUCAAGACGAUACCAAUGACAACAAUAGGGGAGUUGAAAAGAUGAUGCGAAGACUUUCUCUUGCUAACGAAGAGCUUCAAUUUUCUUUCAUGAUGGAUCUUAAAGAUUUGACAACAAAGAACACAUUUAUGGACAGUCUUAUUUCCAUACUGCCCAGUAAUAUUUCUGUGUGUAAUAUUUGCAUCUCUGAUGUUAUGAACAAUCAUAGAAGCGAUCAAGAUUGUAUCGUGCUACCAAUUUCACUCACAAGAAACGAAGAUUCAUACACUAAGCUCAAUAGACUAUUCAGCGAAUCUGCCAUCAAACAAACACAAUUACAAUACCACAAAUCUUCUAACUCUGACCCUCAUUUAAGUUCAAGUAGUUUAAGCUCAUACUCUAAUUGGAAAUCCUAUCAAGCAUUGUUUGGAAAGGACAACAACAUUUUACAUAGGAUGCUCCUCUCGUUUGAUCAUUUACAAAUUUUAAGUAAGGAAUCUUUCACCAUCACUGAUAAAUCAUCAUGGUGGAAGAUAAGAAAGGAACUUGAUGAAAAAUUAGCCAAGCUAUGUGAAUAUGUUGAAGACCUUCUAUUUGGACCUGUUAAACUAUUGUUAAUACCUCGUCUCAUGAAUGAAUUUGAUGAAACACUUGAAGAUCGAUGUGACACAUUUAUCAACAGAUUGAAAGAAAUUACAAGUGGUUUGGAUAUUGCCUUCGAUGUACGAAUUGCCAAGCUCAUGCUCAAGUCGUUCAGUGCUUUCAGAGAAGAAAAUGACCUUGUUGAAAGUAUUCGAUAUUUCAUAUUGGGAGAUGCUGCAGAAUAUGAUGCAUCCAUCCUGUCAGAAAUUCAAACCUUAUUUUGCAACACAUUUAUUCAAGCAUUCAGUGAUCAUGAAAAGAGAGCUACAACUAAGGAGGCCAUGUUCCGUCACUGCAAACGAAUUGAGUCACAAAAGAUCAAGAGAAAACAUAUUGUGUUUUGUUUGGAUAAGUUAAUUCAACAAUUGCCAAUCGAAACAAUGCCAACCAUUAAGAAUUAUCCAUCCUCAAGAAUGCCAAGUUUACUUCUAUUGUACUACCAUCUCAACCGAAUGACCGAAAUUAAUGGUGAAGUUAAGAAAAACAAUGUCUAUUACUUGCUCAAUCCAAGUGGAGAUUUGUCAGCUUCAGAGGACAGAUUCAAACCACUAUUUGAACAACAACGAAAUUGGAAGGGAAUUAUUGGAAAAAGUCCAACAGAAGACGAUUUUUAUCAAGCUCUUUUGGAUAACGAUCUGCUUGUGUAUAUUGGACAUGGUACAGGAGAGAGAUACUACAAUCCACACAAAAUACGAAAGUUGUCCAGAUGUUGUCCAAUUCUCUUGAUGGGAUGUAGUAGUGGAAGACUCAAAGAAUAUGGAAACUAUGAACCAAAUGGAACUGUUCUAAGUUUUCUUCUUGCUGGUUCACCUUUUGUAAUUGCCAACUUGUGGGAUGUGACUGAUAAGGAUAUCGAUCGGUUGACUGAAUUCAUGUUAGAGAAGUGGUUGUGUAACAAUGCUCAAAAUCAGUCUGUGUGUGAGGUAUUGUCAAAAGCUCGAGAUACUUGUUUAUUACCAAGCUUGAUAGGAGCUGCCACUGUUUGCUAUGGCUUGCCAGAUUUGUUAAUAAACUAG